AUGGAAAUUUACAAUAGGUUCACUGAUAAUGAUGGUUACUGCAAUGCCUAUAUUACAUGUGCUUCAACCGGCAAAGCUGCCGUGGCUAUUGACGGUACAACUGUUCAUACAGCGCUCAAAAUUUCUCUUUCAAAACUUUUGCCUCUCUCAUCAGAAACGAUGCAAUUGUAUAGAUCUCUCUUCAGAUAUGUCAGAGUACUGAUCAUUGAUGAAAUUAGCAUGGUUAGUGCAGAACUUCUACAUAAAAUUGAUAAUCGUCUUAAACAAAUAACAGGCAAAAACGCAGAUUUCGGAAGUAUAGAUGUUAUUUUGAUCGGAGAUUUACGGCAAUUGCCACCAGUAAGAUCGACACCAAUUUACAAGACAAUCAGAACGAGCAUGAUUGGACCGCAUUUAUGGAGAAAAUUAAAAUUUUAUCAACUCACCACAGUAAUGAGACAAGCUAAUGUUGCAUUUUCACAAGUUUUGACAAAAAUAGGUAAUGGAGAUGUACUAGAUGAGCAUGAGUUUCAACUUAUUGAAUCGAGAUUUUUCAAAAAAGAGGAUGUUGCUACAUUAUGUCCUGAUGGAGUUCGUUUAUUUUUUAAAAAUGAAGAUGUUGCCGCCUAUAACAAUUUGAUUUUGAGCCAAUGUGAAAACAAAGUUCUUUCAACGUCCGUAGACGUCAUUAUUGGCGCUAAAAGUGCUGAGCAAGAAGCUAAUUUUAGACUUAAAUUACAUAAAAAAUCUGUUAUUGACACUGGAGGACUGCCUUAUCACAUUACUUUUGUCGUUGGAAAGCAUUAUGUUAUUACAACUAACAUCGACGUUACUGAUGGUUUGUGCAAUGGUGCUGUUGGGAAAUUGGUACAUCUAGAAUUUGAUGAAAGUAACACAUUAAUAAGAGUUUGGCUGGAAUUUUGUGAUUCAGAUAAAGUGGGUAGGAAAAAAAGGCAAAAAGCAGCCGCUCUAGCAGUGCAAAACAGAGUUGGCAAUCUCGCUGUUCCCAUUGAAUUACGAAUAGCAAAUAUUUCAUUAACAUCGGAUAGAAAAUGUAUAGCCAAACGCAAACAUUUUCCAUUAACUUCAGCUCUUGCUUUAACUAUACAUAACUCGCAAGGUGGAACUUUUGACGAAAUGUUCAAACGAGAUACUGUUCCAAAAGGUGGGGUAGCUUUUUACCAAAAUAAAAAUGAUAUUACUAAUAUUAUGACUCCGAAUAUUGAAAUAAAUAUUGCACACGUUAGCGAUGUUAAUGUUAGGCGCUCAGUUGUUGGAGAUAUUUGUGCGUGCCUAUGCAAACUUAUAAAUGGCCUACAAAUAGUUAUGGUUGCAAUUUACAUUUCUCCGAAUCCAAAAUUGGACGAGGUAGAGCAUUUUAUUCAUCGCACUUUACUGGAGUACACUGAAGAAGGGUCGAAAAUACUUGGUACAAAUGGUAAUAAAAUUCCACUUAUCUUGGCUGGCGAUUUCAACAUUAACUUCGCGAGCGGUUGA